UAUAUGACAUAUAUAUGACACAUACAUCUGUGUAAUGAAUGUGAACGCAUUUCCAUUAUAAGUGAAUUAAAUGAAACCAAUUUUAAGCAGAGAUAAGAUUAUAAAUUUAUCACUAGUAACAACAUGUGCUACAGCUUUCCAUUAUAAUAUUGAGUUUAACGUUGUUAACAACGUCUCCAGUGAUCAGUGAAACCCAUACAGUUGGUGUAAAAAUAUAUAUAUAAAAAUAUAGUUUCAUUGGAUUCAUAAAGAUAUAGUGAAAGCUAUAUUAAGCAAAAAUUAAAAUUUUAUCCGUAAGAUGAAUGAAUCGCGUAGUGGUUUGCUUUUGGAAUGGAAAAACCUUGAUUAUUAUGUACCAGCAAAUGAACAAAGUAAUUAUAGUUUUUGGCAGGAAUGCCAAAAAUUAAGGGAGAUACGCAUCCUAAAGAACGUAAGCGGUCAUAUUAGAACUGGAGAUCUAAUUGCUGUACUGGGUUGCAGUGGUGCUGGCAAAACCACAUUGCUCGCUGCUAUUUCACAGCGUUUACGCGGUAACUUAAGCGGCGAUAUUGUGCUGAACGGCGUCGCAGUGGCGCGCAAUGAUAUGACGCGCAUCUCAAGUUUUUUGCCACAAUUUGAAAUCAAUGUUAAAACCUUUACCGCAUACGAGCACUUGUAUUUUAUGUCACAUUUUAAAAUGCAUAGAAAAACAACAAAAUCUCAAAAACGUCAACGGGUUAAUGACCUACUUUUAGCAGUAGGACUGCGAGAUGCUGCGAACACCCGCAUACAGCAGCUAUCGGGUGGCGAGCGAAAGCGAUUAAGUUUGGCUGAGGAGCUAAUUAUAGAUCCACCUUUCCUGUUUUGUGACGAACCAACAACUGGUUUAGACAGUUAUAGUGCCUAUACAGUAGUAAAAACUUUACGUCAUCUAUGUACUCGUCAUCGUGUUGUUAAGAGUUCCCUUACCUCACUCUAUGGUGAAGAUUCGUUUAGCACGCCCAGCGAUAUAAGUAGUCGUAGUUCAAUUGAAAUGGAAGUUUUUAAAUCGAAUGAAAAUUUAUUUGAAUCUCUAAAGGAGCUGCCUUCGUUAAGUGUAUUCAAUAACAGUCCGAAUGGUAGACAAAAGAAAGCUAUUAUCUGUUCUAUACAUCAGCCAACUUCGGAUAUAUUUGAGCUGUUCACACACAUCAUACUAAUGGAUGCAGGUCGGAUCAUAUAUCAGGGCAGUACAGAAAAAGCUUUACAGUUUUUUACAGACUUAGGCUAUAGCAUACCACAAAACUGUAAUCCAGCUGAGUUUUAUUUAAGAACUAGUAAUAGAGAUGGCGAUGCCAUUAAAACCAAAUAUGACUUUGAGACGGCAGGUUUAUACCAUGGCAGUUGGUUGGCACCACGUAAUUAUAGUGGAGAUCCUUUGCAUCAUUUAAAAAAUAUAAAGAAGAUUCGUUGGAUAUAUCAAGUUUAUUUGUUGCUUUUACGGUUUAUAACAGAAGAUAGUCGCAAUAUUAAACGCGGUCUGAUGAGCUUAGGAUUCUUUAUGAUAACAUCGUGUACUUUGGCAAUUAUGUAUUCUGGUAUUAGUGGACUCACUCAGACCUCAGUACAAGAUAUUGGUGGCUCAAUAUUCAUGCUUAGUACAGAAAUGAUAUUUACUUUCUCAUAUGGUGUGACAUACGUUUUUCCUGCCGCCUUACCUAUAAUGCGACGAGAAGUUGGUGAAGGCAUAUAUAGUACAUCAGCCUAUUAUAUGGCUGUAGUGUUAUCCUUCAUUCCGAUGGCGUUCUUUAAAAGUUUCCUUUUCUUCUCGGUCGUCUAUGGUGCUGUCUAUUAUGCGCGUGGGUUUUUGCUAUUUUUGAAUAUGGGUUUGAUAUUGAGUCUUGCAGCUAUCGCUGCUACUGGUUAUGGUUUAUUUUUGUCCAGUUUUUUCGAAACUGAUACUAUGGCUUCAGAGUGCGCUGCACCAUUUGAUUUGAUCUUCUUAAUAUUUGGUGGUGCAUAUUAUAAUGUGGACUCUAUACCGAUAAUUAAAUAUUUAUCACUGUUUUUCUACUCUAAUGAAGCCUUAAUGUAUAAGUUUUGGAUAGAUGUUGAUGAAAUUGAUUGUCCGCAAAACUUGGAGCAUCCAUGCGUGAAAAAUGGUUAUGAAGUGCUGCAACGUGGUUCCUACAGAACUGCGGAUUAUACAUUUUGGUUGGAUUGCGUUGGUCUUAUAAGUGUAGCAGUUGUGUUCAAUAUUUUAGCAUUCCUUUUUAUACGAAAGUAUGUCAGACGUAGUGGUUACUAUUAAGAGUUUGCUUAGUAUAAUUCGUAGUGAAUAUUUUUAAUUAAUUAUUAAU